GUUGCAGAUUUGCCAUCCCUCCAGUGUGGGGGUAGAAAAUGGAAUAAGGAUAGAAGGGAUGUAGAAUAUGCUUUCCUGCCCACAGUCAGGAUUUGGAAUUGACUUGUGUAGACAGAAGCAAACCCAGCUCACUUGUUUCCUGGGACAGUUGAGUUAGGGGAUGGCCUUUACAGAGCACUCACCGCUGACCCCUCAUCGCCGGGACCUCUGUAGCCGCUCUAUCUGGCUAGCAAGGAAGAUUCGUUCAGACCUGACUGCUCUUUUGGAAUCUUAUAUGAAGCAUCAGGGCCUGAACGAGAACCUAAACCUGGACUCUGUGGAUGGUGUGCCAAUGGCAAGCACUGAUCGGUGGAGUGAACUGACUGAGGUGGAGCGACUCCAAGAGAACGUCCAAGCUUAUCGCGCUUUCCAUGUUAUGUUGGCCAGGCUUUUAGAAGACCAGCGGGUUCAUUUUACUCCAACUGAAGGGGAUUUCCAUCAAGCAAUACACACCCUUCUACUCCAGGUUGCUGCCUUUGCUUACCAGCUAGAGGAAUUAAUGAUGCUCCUGGAACACAAAAUCCCCCCCAAUGAGGCUGAUAGGAUACCUGUCUUUGGAGAUGGUGGCCUCUUUGAGAAGAAGCUGUGGGGCCUGAAGGUGUUGCGAGAGCUUUCACAGUGGACAGUGAGGUCCAUCCAUGACCUUCGACUCAUUUCUUCUUAUCAGACUGGGAUUCCAGCACGUGGGAGCCAUUAUAUUGCUAAUGACAAGAAAAUAUAGCAGUUAUCCCUCUUUUCUCUCCUUCGUUAUAUUUCUAAUGGAGUAUGCACAGUUCCUGAGGCCUCACUUUCCCAUUCUUAAGUUUUGAAAGGUCGACCGUUUUCUGACCCAUGAGACCAUAGAUAUUUUCAUCAAGCAGAGGUGGAGCCCUGGACAAAUGGGCAUCCAGGUUUAAUCUGGGGUGUGUGUGUGUGUGGUGUGUGUGUGUGUGUGUGUGUGUGUGUGUAUGUGUGUGGUGUGUUGGGGCCCUAUGGGUGUGGGGGCAAGGGCUGUGUCCUUCCAUCUUAGUGUUCUAACCUUUCUACUCACUAAGUCAACUCUACAAGUAUUUAACAGCCUUACAGGGUAAACCUAUGUUUAACUUACUAAACCUAGAUGGCUUUUCUGGGAAAAUUGAGACAAUGAAUUAAAAAUCCUGGACUCUAGCCAAUUCAAACCCUUGGAUAAUAAAAAGAAGUAACUAACGUUUAUUGAGUGUCUGCUAUAUGUAGCGAUAUGCCAGGGGCUUUGUGUAUGUUAUUUCACAACAACCCUAUUGAGGGAAGUAGUGUUAUUCCCAUCUGGCAGAUGAGAAAACAGGCUCACAGAAAUUAUAACUUGGUCAAGGUUACCCUACUAGCAAAUGGCACACUUAAGUUUGAACCCAGAUAUUUCUCAUCCCAAAAGCUAUGUGCCCUUCAGUUCAGAGGCCUGAUCAUGACCCUCUAUCACUGCACCUCUUUCCCACAGAGAGUUGGAAAAUAGAUCCAUGUAAUCUGUCCCUGACGCUGAAAAAACAAUCCCCGUUAUAUAUCCUGAUAGAUCAGUGGCACAGUAAAGGCGCUAUUUUUUGCCCACAUUUGGCAAAGAUGAGAGCAGUGGAGAUCUUAACAUUCUGUUUGCGGAAAAGAGUAGACCCACCAAUUCUGAAAUUGGGAAACUGAGGAUGUGCAGUAACACAGCCUGCUUUAAAGCAUCCACAAAUGUUUUGGGUUGGGCACAGCUCAUACCAGCUUACCUCACAUUUAUUGUGAUCAGCAGUGUAGCGAUACAGGCACUGUAUCCAAGCAUUCAUGGACAAUGGUUGGAAUAGUACUCAAGUUAAAAUGUCACAAAACUCCUUUACCACACAUUCUUUGGACUUAGUCAUGUGGAUAGGGUGUUUCCAGUGGGAAUGCCAGCGAUUUUAAAACAAUAUACAGCACAGCCUCCAUGUUUCACAACAAAGGGGCAAGACUGUUUAAUGUUCUUGAGAGAGACACAGUGUGAAAGACACCAACUAGUAAAUGUGGGCAUUAAUGGAAAAGGUCAUUUAUGGUCAGGCCUGUGAGCUAGUGGUGUAGUAUAAAUCCCAAAGUUCUCAGGUAUGAAAUUUGACACUCCCAGUUAAAGUCACCAUCUUGGAUGGAGCACCCAAAUCAAUUUAGUUUACUUACUUGAAGCUCCCAUGCUCAUAAGUGAACCAUGAAUCAGAAAGGGCUAGCACCCAUAGGUUGCGUGAGAUGGACUGGGGUGACCUAACUAGUGUCUAUUUCCCACAAGGUUUUGUGUCCAAAACUCUAUGAGGUCAGUGUUAGGAGGACUCUGGGUUGGGUAUUGUGGCAGUACAGGGGACAGAAGGCAGUAUGCACUUGUGGAAAUGAGCUUGUAUGCAUAGAAGACGUCAAUACUGGGUGGAAUUGUGAGGCACAGGUUUAAGUGUUAGGGAGUUAAAGGAAAGAGCCCACUGAGAGCCUGACAUCCCUUUCUGGAGGAGGAGGAGUUCAAAGGUUGGCUGAGUACCAAAUGAAGAGAAAUGAGAGACGGAAGAGUUGCCUUGGUUAGAAGAAAGUGAGGUGACAAACAUUUGGGUCCCGCUACCACUACAGGUUUAUUGUUUGGUUUUAUUUCAUUUGUAAUUUUGGUAUAUAGCUAGAUGCCUUGUCAGUAAAUGCAUAGAGGCUUAUUCCAUUCAUGCUUUUUCUUAGACUGAUUCUUCUGCUUCGAGACCAGUAUUUCUCAUUGAUAAAGUACCUGCUUAUUAGUGUGAAGCUCUCAGAUUUAAUAAUCUAAAUACUUGUGAAAUAUUUUAGGCUCUUUCUGUUUUAAUGGUUAAAGAUGUGACUACAUUUCUUAGUGGGGAAUACCUGAUUACAGACUUGCUGAAUCUGAAAGGAGCGACCCUUCCCCGAGUGUGUUUUCAUAUUCAGCAGAUGGGCCAAAGUGGAUGUCGGCAGAAGUCUCAAAAGUCAAUGGGGGUACAGUUUAAGCUCUACUGAAUUACAUGUGAAGGAAUAUUCAUAUAGAAGAGGCACAUUUGAAGCAGCAGAGUCCAGAAAAGAUACAACUACUACCAUUGAACGGGAGGAAAUAGGAAGCUACAUAAGUCUCGAUGAGGUCACAAGCAGCAAGUCACAAGCAAUGAAACUCCCAGCAUUGUGCUAAGAGUUGUGUCAGUUUCUUCUUCCAAAAGUUUGCAGUCUGCCUCAGAAGAAGAAUGGGGAAAAUACUUAGAAAAGUAUAGAUGAAAUAAGGGAGAAAUGAGCACUUAGCUCACAGACAUGUAUGGAUCUGAGUGUGUAGACUGCAUCACGCUUAUCUGAAAUGGACAGGACAUUGGAGAAGGGACCAACAGUAGGUCCAUGUUCUAGGUAUGUUCUUAAAAUACAGAUAGCAAUAAUGGCAACACUGGAAGUGUGUUUUGUUCUGUUUUUAAGGAUCCAGAACCCAAAAGAUUUUUUGUCUUUAGACUUUGUUCCCUUGUUUCUUAGGUCUAUAUAUGGUUAGGAUCUCUGGGGAAUCAUUUUUAUAUACAUGUAAACUAUAGUUGCAUAAUAUACAACCAUAAAAUUUAUAUAGAAUGUAUAACCUAUAACUAUAUAGUGCUAUAUAUACAUAUAUAUUUGUGUGCAUAUAUACGUACAUGGCAUGUAUAUAUAUAUGGCAUAUAUACAUAUAAAAGGCAUGGAUGUAGUUCCUAA